AGGCCUGUAUCACAUUGAGUGAAAUUGUGGGGAGCACGGCUUUGCUGACAGACCUGUAUGGGUCUUCUGAGCACUGAGUUGCUGGUUGCUACAGGGCCCAGUUAGACCCAGUCAGCGGAAACUGGCCCCCACCCUAACAGGGACCGUGGGUGUGCAAAGGCCUCUGCAAAGCAGUGCGGUUGGGGAUAGUGACCUAUCCCACUCUUCCUAGAGUGCCAGCUGCAGAGGGCAACUGGGAAGGCUUUGAGCACAAAGUAUUCUGAUUCCAAAUGUUUUGAUGGAUGACAGCAUACAUGUUGCUUUGGAGAAGUCUUUCGGGGAGUCCCAGGAGGUUGGGAAUUGGUGGAUGAAGAACUACUACCAGGGAUACGGUUCACUCUCAGGAAACGCAGAGCACUACAGGCAUCUGCUCCACAAAGGCCUCAAGAAAAGGAUAAGGCCUGAGGACAGGCCGCUGUAGUGAUGCUGACCAGAAGACAGUUGUACAGCGAGGGGUGAAUGAUAUACUCUCCAGCUAACCUGAGAGGAAAGAUAGAAUCGUUUGGUUUGGAAGAAAUCCUUGAGACCAUUGAGUCCUGCCGUUAAGCAAACACUACCAAGUCCACCACUAAACCCUGUCCCUCAGCACCACGUCCAGGGACGGCAGACACUUCCUUUGGCAGCCCGUUUUAAUGCUUGGCAAUCCUUUUGAUGAAGAAGUUGUUCAUAAUAUCCAGUCUAAACUUCCCCUAUCACAACCUGGGGCCAUUUCCUCUCAUCCUAUCACUUCAUACUUGGGAAAAGAGACCGACACCUACCUCCUUAAAUCUUUCAGGCACAGGCCUGUGCUGUCCUGUGCUGUGUUGUGUGGCACAAAUCCUUUGGUGGGAAGAUAAACUCAGCUCAUUGUAAUCGCAGAGGCUGCAGGCAAGACACCUGCAAGCAAGAAGUCCACCUGCCAAAGUCUUUUACUGCAGCUGUAGAAACAAUCAAUAGAAUUGCUUUCUUGCAGGGAAGUCCUAAGAUGGCUUGAAUGACUGAAACGGGGACACUCUGUCUUUUCUAUGACCAGGGUCUGCACGGCAUGUUGUGCAUGGCUGCCGUUCUUUCAUGAAGCUCCUCUGCUCAGGGUUCUCCACAUCUACCCUUCCAGUAGGGUGAUCUAUAAUAAAGGGAAUUGUGAAUGACAUUUUAGAGAGUGGGCAUGUUUCUCUUGCUGAGAUCACAAGGAACCAGCAGCUCCUGGUGUAAAAGUGCUGGUUCUCGGGUCGUUCCAGGUCGAAGGUCCAGGUGUCUGAUGCAGUUCAUAACCAGAUGGUUUCUUACAGUUUCUGACCUGUGAAAGGGGACAUGGCGUUUCCUGCAUUGGAGGGCCAGCACACACGGCUGCGCUUUCCCAAGGGGCUCUUUGCAGGUGCCCUUUAGGAAGGAAAAUUUCUAGGCCAGGUAAUAGACAGCCCUAGCAGAGGGGAGGCUUUUAACCCCCUGGAAACUGCUUUCAGGGACAAGGGAGCACGAGAGAGCUGGCAGAUGUUUAAGGAUGCUUUCCACAGAGUGCAAGAGCUCUUGAUCCCCACAUGUAAGAAAUGAGGGAAGGAAGGCAAGACACCAGCAUGGCUGAGUAAAGACCUGCUUGUCAGACUAAAGGGCAAGAAGGAAACGCACAGUCAGUGUACAGGGACCUUGCCCAGUUUUGUAGGGAUGCGGUCAGGAAGACCAAGGUGUGGCUGAAGCUGAACACAAAGUACAACAAGAAGGGCUUCUAGCGGUAUGUCAGACAGAAAAGGAGGGUCAAAGAAAGUGUACCUCCGCUGAUGAACACGAGUGGCAAACUGGUAACAACAGGCAAGGAGAAGGCUGAGGCAGUCAGCAACUUUUUUUGCUUCAGUUUUCACUGUCAGUCUCUCUUCCCACACUUCUCGAGUGGAUGGACCUGUAAGCAGGGACCGGGGGAGCAAAGUGCCUCACGCUGUAAGAGAAGAUCAGACCACCUGAGAAACCUGAACAUAGAGAAGUCUCUGGGACCUGAGAAGAUGCCUUCCGGAGUCCUGAGGGAAUUGGCUGAUGUGGUUGCUAAGCCACUCUCCAUGAUAUUUGAAAUGUCAUGGCAGUGAGGUGAAGUCCCUGGUGACUUGAAAAGGGAAACAUUACACCCAUUUUUAAAAAGAGUAGAAAGGUGGACCCUGGGAAGUACCACCUUGUCAUCCUCCCCUCUGUGACUGGGAACAUGAUGGAACAGAUCCUCCUAGAAAUUAUGCUAAAGGCACAUGGAUGGGCAGAGAUGCGUGUCAAGACAGCCAGCAUGGUUUCACCAACGUCAAGUCUUGCCUGACCAACCUAGUGAUGUGGGUCAACUUAUAGGACAGAAUGACUGUAUAAGAGGACAAGGGAAGACUGGACUUCUGUAAGGCCUUUGUCACGGUUCCCCACAACAUACCUCUCUCUAAGUUUGGACACAUGGAUUUCACGGAUGGAGUAUUUGGUGGGUAAGGAAUUGUCUGGAUGGUCCUAUCCACAGAGUCAUGGUCAAGUCUCAAUGUCUGGAUGGAGAUGAGUGGCGAGUGGUGCCCCUCAGGGGUCCAUAUGGGGACAAGUCCUGUUUGACACCCUCAUCAACGACACAGUGGGAUCAAGUGCACUCCCAGCACGGUUGCAAAUGGCACCAGGCUGAGUGGUACGGCUGACACGCCUGCAAGGCGAGACUCCGGGCAUGCCUUUUGCCUCCCUCGGCCCGCUGCUACGCUGACAGCGACUUCACCGCCGACAGCGUGGACGUGGCCGGCACGGGCACUCUGUGGCCGGCUGAGCGCUACGAAGUGUGCCUGAGCAGCAGCUCAGGGAGGAGGCAGUUCCAGUUCCUGAGACCCGUCCUGUGCAGCCCGCAAAGCAGCGUUGCAGCGGGGCCGGGAAAGAAGAACGAAGAUCCCCUGUGCAGCUGGCAGGCCGCGGGCGAGAGGGAAGGCGAGGCGGGGAGCACGGCCCCUCUGCCCGUUCAGCCGCUGGACUGGCCGGACGACAGGCGCGUCCAUGCGUGAGCCUUGUUGAAACCCGCCUGCCUUUCCCGUCCUCAGCCCGAGACUCCUGAGUAGAUGGGGGCCGUGCUGGGCUGUUACCUGCGUGCUGCCCCUGCGGGGGUUUCCGCCGGGCUUCCCCGGCCGGGGAAGGCGGCUCGAUCCCUCCGGGCUGAGACUCCGCCCCACGGUGCUGCGGGAAAUGCCAUGCCCCUCUCUCGACGCCGUGCUCCUGGAAGUGCAGGGAGCGGCCGUCCGGGAGCCAAGAGCGCCCGCCUGCCGGAGGGCUCUGGGCAACGGGCAUCGGGGAAAGAGACGGGGCAGCUGCCGGCGCUCCCCGUGCGCUCGGAGGCAAGCGUCGGCCCCGCAGGACUCCCGGGGCUUCUGCGCUGCGCUUCCCUCGCCGGCGCCGAGUGCGCGCGUCCUGCCGCGGAGCCCCGAGGCGGGCGAGCGGCCGGAGCCGCGCGUGUGCGCGGAGGCCCGAGUGCCCGUGCGAGGCGGCAGCGCGGGCAGCGGGCGGCGGCGGGCGCAGUCCCGCCGCGGGCCGCAGGGUGGUGCUCCCGGCCAAGGCGGCGCCGAGCGGCUGCGGGCGGGGAGGCGGCCCAGCCCAACCAGCCGCUACACAGCCCAGCCCAGCCGAGCCGAGCCGAGCCGGGCAACGGCGGCGAGCGGCGGCGAGCGGUGCCCCGUGCCAGCGGCUGCCGGGCCAGGGCGGCCGCGCUCCGUGCCGCCAUCCGGAGUCGGCGAGAGGGAGGCCGCCCGACCGCCGCCCCGCCGCGCUGCUGCCGGGCGCCGCUCUCCGCGGAGGAGUGCGCGGGCGAUCCGCGAGACGGAGGCUGUCCGCCGGCCCGAGAUGGCGAUCGCAAGGCAAGUGCUUUGUCUCUGUGCUUUCCUCUCCCUGCCGCUCGCUCGCUCCGAGCCCAUCCGCUACUCCGUAGCCGAGGAGGCGGCGAGCGGCUCCGUGGUAGCCAACGUGGCGGAGGACGCGGGGCUGUCCCCGGCGCAGCUGGCGGCUCGCGGCGCCCGCCUGGCCUCGGAGGACGGCCGGCAGCACUUUCGCUUAGACCCCGCCACCGGCAGGCUCGUCGUGGCCGAGAGGCUGGACCGGGAGGAGCUGUGCGGCCAGUCCGCUACGUGCACGCUCCCCUUCGAGCUCCUGCUGGCAAACCCGCUGCAGUUCUUUCGGGUGGAGGUGGCCGUGGAGGACAUCAAUGACCAUUCCCCCGUUUUCCCAGUGGAAAAAGUCGUUUUUAAGAUCCCGGAAAGGAGCGACCUGGGCUCGCGUUUCCCUCUGGAGGGUGCUCGGGACCUGGAUGUUGGUAGCCACAGCAUCCAGGCUUACAGCAUUUCUCCCGAGAACGAGUACUUCAGUGUCUCCUUUGCAAGUCAGAGGGAGGAGGACAAAUAUGUUGAACUGGUCUUGGAGAAGGCUCUAGACAGAGAGGAGGAAGGAGAGGUGGUUUUCAGUCUCAUUGCCAUGGAUGGGGGCUCUCCUCCCAGGAGUGGGACCACACAAAUCCACAUUGUUAUUCUAGAUGUAAAUGACAACUCUCCUGUCUUCACACAGAAGCUGUAUGUUGGGCAGGUUUUGGAAAAUGCCCCUGUGGGCUCUGUUGUUCUCAGAGUGGUGGCAACUGAUCAGGACGUGGGAGUUAAUGGGGACAUCACCUAUCAGUUCAGCGAAGCAGUGGGCCAGAAUAGGUCAUCAUUCAUGAUCGACCCUACUAGUGGUGAAAUUAAACUCACGAAGCCUCUGGACUUUGAGGUGGCAGAGAAUCAUGAGCUCAGUGUGCGGGCCACGGAUGGCGGUGGCCUGUCAGCAAUCUGCAAGGUGUUGGUGGAGGUGGUGGAUGUGAACGACAAUGCACCGGAAGUGGUGGUAAGUUCCUUCAACAGCCCCAUCCCCGAGAACGCAUUACCCAGAACGGUGGUUGCCCUCUUUACUGUCAGGGACCGGGAUUCUGGUGCAAAUGGGAAGAUCUCCUGUGCCCUUGAGGACCAGCUAUUGUUCUCCCUGCGUCUGGCCUAUAAGAACUACUAUGAGCUUGUCACCGUCAAUGCUCUGGACAGGGAGGAGAUGGCACGGCACAUCCUCAUUGUCACAGCAGCAGACGCAGGGUCACCUCCUCUCACAACCACCCAGACCUUCACGGUGGACAUCUCCGAUGUCAACGACAAUGCACCUGCCUUCAACCAGACAUCAUACACGAUGUAUGUGCGUGAGAACAAUGUCCCCAUGGUGCUUGUUGGAGCUGUCAGUGCUGCAGAUGCUGAUGUGGGGCCCAAUGCCAAGGUGACAUAUUUCCUGGCACCGUCCCAUCCCACAGAGCAGCCUCCCUGCUCCUGCAUCUCCGUGAACUCUGAGAAUGGGCACGUGUUUGUGCUGCGGCCUCUGGACUAUGAGCAGGUGAAGCAGAUUGAUGUCUUGGUGAGUGCCUCCGAUGGCGGAUCUCCUCCUCUCAGUGCCAACGUCACCGUCCACCUUGUUGUGGUGGAUGAGAAUGACAAUGCGCCUCUGGUGCUGUACCCAUCACAGGACAGCGGUCCACCAUCCAGCGAGCUGGUGCCUGUAUCAGCUGAGGCAGGGUACCUCAUCACCAAAGUGGUGGCUGUGGAUGCAGACUCGGGACAGAACUCGUGGCUCUCAUACCACCUGCUGAAGGCCACCGAGCCCGGGCUGUUUGUGGUGGGUGCCCAAAGCGGGGAGGUGCGGCUGAAGAGGCCAGUGACAGAGAGGGAUGCUGUGAAACAGAAGCUCGUUGUUGUGGUGCGAGACAAUGGGCAGCCACCGCUGUCAGCCACUGCUGCACUGAGUGCACUCCUGCUCAAUGACUUCUCAGAAGUGCGCCUACCACCCACCAGCCUGGCCACGGAGGACGAGAGUGACUCCCUGACAACCUAUUUAAUCAUUUCCUUGACCUUUGUCUCACUCCUCUUCCUCGCAUCCAUGACAGCCUUCAUCACUCGCAAGGUGUGCAAGAGAAAGGAGCUGAAGGCAGGGCACGUGCUUUAUGGUGCUGGCAACUUGCAGAGCAGCCUGGCUGAUGCAGCCACAGCAGGGACCUUGCCCCAUGGCUAUUGCUAUGAGAUCAGCCUCACAACGGGCUCUGGCAACAGCGAGUUCAAGUUCCUGAAGCCCAUCCUCCCCAGCCUGCCACCACAGCAGUGCACCACGGUUGGGGGCACCCAUGAUGAACAGGAUUUCCCCUGUGGCCCCAUUACUGCAGCAGACAUGGCACCAGACAACCCAGGGACCCUCUCUGCAGAACAGUUCAAUAGUCUUUCCUUUAACUAGCAUGGAGUCAGCACAUACAGAGGCUUCAUUCAUGCCUCACGAUAGGAAGGGAUCUCUGUUACAGCAUGUGGCAAUGGUUCCUCCCAGGUUAAUCUGCAUUUGCAAUUGGCGUCAGUGAUUUCUGCCAAAUUCUAUGUCAGAAGAAAUUUUGUCUCCCCCUCCAAACAAACAAACAAGCAAACAAAGAAACAAAAGGACCUCAAGCCUCCUUCACCCAGGAAAUAAUAUUCUUCAGCUGUGAAAUGCUUUGCGAGUGGGGUUAGGUCCAGGGUCACCAGUCAAGUUCUUGUCUCACUUGCUGUUAGGCAAGCUCCUGGCCCUCUUAUUCUGUGCUGUAACGCAAUGGCAAAGUCAGGCAGACAAAUCCCAUUGUCCUGGUUUCAGGUGGGAUAGAGUUAAUUUUCUUCCUAGUAGCUGGUAGCCUAGUAGCUGUGUUUUGGAUUUAGCAUGAGAAUAAUGUUGAUAACACACUGAUGCUUUAGUGGUUGCUAAAUCAUGCUUGCACUGAGUCAAAGACUUUUCAGCUUCUCAUGCCCUGCCAGUGAGGAGGCUGGAGGUGCAUAAGCAGUUGUGAGGGGACAGAGCCAGAACAGCUGACCCAACCUGGCCAAAGGGAUAAUUCAUAGCAUAUGACAUCAUGCUCAGCAUAUAAAGUGGUGGGAAGUGGCCGGGCAUCUGAGAAUGCUACUUGGGAGGAGAGUGGGCAUCAGUCCUUUGAUAGUGAGCAGUUGUUUUUCAUUUGUGUCACUUGUCUUUUCUUGGGUUUUAGUUAUCUUUUGGUUGUUGUUGUUGUUAUUUUCCUGUUAUUAUUAUUAGCAUUAGUUUUGGUAUUAGUUUUAUUAUUCUAAUAUUUUAGUUAAUUUCUUAAACUGUUUUCAUAUUAACACAAGAGUUUUUUCACUUUUACUCUUCCAAUUCUCUCCCCCUUUCCACCGUGGGGGCAGGGGAGGGGCAGUGAGUGAAUGGCUGUGUGGUGCUUAGCUGCUGACUGGGGUUACACCACAACAGACACGCUCACUGAAAUGUAUGUAGUUGUCCACCCGGGUCAGAAAAGCAAGGAAGUUGUGAGUAAUGUGUUACAAUGUGGUGCAAGCAAGGGACUCUUUCUUCUCGGGGAGCUGCUUCUUCUCUGCUCUGUCUGACAUGUGUGGGCUCUGUCUGUUUUUCUGUCUGGUCACAAUGUCUGUCUGGACAGCCGUUGUGUGCCUGCCUAUGCUGCAAUAGUGCUUCCCAGUGAAGCAGAGAGUUGCUGCCAUCCAGACGCUCUGAUCAGGCAAGAAGGGUAUUUUCAACCAUCACCCACAGAUCCCUUUCUGCAGGGCUGCUCUCCAGCCACUCCUCUCCCAAUGUAUACGUAUACACAGUACUACUCUAUCCCAGGUGCAGAAUCUGGCCUUUGGACUUCUUAAGUGUCAUGCCGUUGAUGAUUGCACAAUGCUCCAAUCCAUCUAGAUCCCUCUGCAAGGCCUCUUUUUCCUUCAGAGAGGGAGCAGCACCUUUCUCUUUGGUAUCAUCAGCAAAGUUGCUAAUGGUACCUUCAACUCCUGCACCCAGAUCACUGAAAAUAGUAUUGAACAGGACUGGCCCUAGAAUUGAACCCUGAGGAACGCCGCUGGUGACAUGUCACCUGCCAGACGUUGCUCCCCUAUUCACUGCAACCCUUAGAGCCCUGCCCUUCAGCUGGUUCUUCACCCUGCUGAUAGUGAACCCGCUCAUCUCACAGUUGAACAAUGUAUCCAGAAGAAUUCUCCGAGGGAUGAUAUCUACAGUCACACAAGAAUCCAGAAAAACUACAUCCACAGCCUUCCUUCACGCACGGGACAGGUGACCUUAUAAUAGAAGAGUGUGGACCUGUUGGAGUGAGUCCAGAGGAGGGCCAUGAGGAUGACCAGAGCACUGGAGCACCUUUCCUAUGAAGACAGACUGAGAGAGUUGGGGUUGUUCAGCCUGGAGAGGAGAAGGCUUCAGGGAGACCUUAUAGAAGCCUUCCAGUAUGUAAAGGAGGCCUCCAGCAAAGAUGGGAAGGGACUCUUUAUUAAGGAGUGUAGCAAUAGGAAAAAGGGGAAUGGUUUUAAACUGAAAGAGGGGAGAUAUAGAUUAGAUAUUAGGAAGACAUUCUUUACUGUGAGGGCGAUGAGACACUGGAACGGGUUUCCCGGGGAAGUUGUGGAUACCCCUUCCCUGUAAGUUUUCAAGACCGGGCUGGAUGGGGCUUUGAGCAACCUGGUCUAGUGGGAGGUGUCCCUGCCCAUGGCAGGAGUGGUGGAUCUAGGUGAUCUUUAAGGUGCCUUCGAAAUCAAACCAUUCUAUGAUUUUAUGACAUCAAAGCAAUUAAACAGGACUUUCCCUUGGUGUACCCACGUUGACUGCGCCUGAUGAUUGCAUUGUUCUUUCAAUGCCUUUCAGUAGUACUCAGUAUCAUCUUUAAUCUAUAAUUUUCCCAGGGUCUGAGGUUAGACUAACAUGUCAGUAGUUUCCUGGGUCUUCCCUCUUGCCCUUCUUGUAAAUUGGAAGAACAUUGUCUAGCUUACAGUGAGCAGGGACCCCUCCCCAGUCUCCCAAGGCCUCUGGCAGCUGAUCAAGUGGUGUCUUGCUGUAACAUGAACUAGCUCCUUCAGUAAUCUGGGACAAAUCCCAUCAGGCGCCACGGACUUGUGAACAUUCCGCUGAUGCAUCUGAUCCCUGACAAUUCAGCAUCCACCAAUGGAAAGACAUUAUUCCUGCAUUCGUGAACCUCUGACUCAGUGGACUGGGCAGCCGAAAGUUGAUUAGGAGUAUUAAAGAUUGAGGCAAGAGAAGCAUUGAAUGCCUCCUCUUCUUCUUCAUCCCUGCCGGUCAGGUUACUGUCUUCAACAAGUAUCAGUCUCAUGUUUUCUUUAGACCUCCUCUUGAUAUUGACAUACUUUAAAAAGCCUUGCUUGUUGUCUGACACAACGCUGGCCAGUUUCCACUCUAAUUGUGCUUUGUGCAUUCGUGUCUUCUCCCUGCAUAAACAAACCUCAGCUCUGCAGUCUUCCUGCAAAGCCUGACCUUGCUUCCCGAGAUCACACAAUUUCUUUUUCCUCUUGAGCCCCGGAAGGAGUUUCCUGUGUGGCCAAGCUGCUCUUCUGCCCUGUUUGCUUGACUGUUGACACAGUGGAAUUGCUUGCUUGAAGACUGUAACUGUUCAGAGUUGUGAAAACAUGCUCAUUGCCUUUGGGUGCAUUGUAAGGAAACUGCACAAGUUGCUUCAAAGGACUUUGUCUGAAGGUAGAGUUGAGAUGAACUAGGAAAAAGCCAAUUGAGUUUUCUCUGAUUUUUGUUCCUGAGUUCAGAGGCUUCUUGAUGGCAGGGGAAAUCUGUCCCACUAGGAUUUCCUGGGUUUGGGUUAGAGCAUUUGCAUUCUGCUUUCUACCCUUUCUCCUUCUACUUUGUGAACUGUGUUUGAGCAUUGUCUUACCUCUUCCUCUUAAGAAGGACUGUCACUCCAUGUAUAAUAUGAGAUUGUUUGAAUGAAAGCAGUGUGGCACAGAAUAUUUGGAAACCCUGACACUGUGUUGUGCUUGAGUUAUAAACUGUACCAUUGUAAACAGGGAUACUCUUGUGUGUAAAAAUGAAAUAAAGAGAACUCUGGAAUGCCUUGUGUGAAGACAGU